ACAAGGUGGAGAGGGACUGUUAGAGCAGGUCGGUGCUAACAGACAACAAGCUGGUUUUGAGUACGUGCCGAGGAUCCCACGAACACAGCCUGUUUGCUCCAACACAACAGGAGGGUCAGAGGGUUUGCUCUCAGAACAGCAGCUCCCAUCGCUGAUAUAGAGUGCUGAAUUUGAGGACCAAACCGCUAGAGUUGAUCUCAACCAGCCAUGAGCAGUCUCGCCAGCAACACAGAGUCCGAGUUUUCUGAUGAAGAGCUGGACAGCAGUCCCUUGGGCCCGGAGGAUGAUAGCAGUGGAAGUGAAGCGAACUUCAAGAAGACUUCUCUUGAGAGGGACAAUGCUUCAAGCUCCGGUCAGAACCAGGGGACCUCAAAAGCUGGCAGUAAGAAGCGGAGUAGGCCAGUGCGCUCCAAAGCCCGCCGGGUAGCGGCCAACGUCCGUGAACGUAAACGUAUCCUGGACUACAACCAAGCUUUCAACUCGCUGCGUAUGGCCCUUAACCACGACCUCAGUGGCAAGCGGCUGUCCAAGAUUGCCACACUGCGUCGUGCCAUAAACCGUAUCUCUGCACUCUCCAUCUUCCUAAGAAACCAUCCAGCACCGCCAGCAGAGAGAGCCUGUAGCCACACGGAGUGUGUCCAUGGCCCUCAGGAGGAGCACAGAAGGCUGGUCCCAGUGAAGGAGAGGGGCUAUCAGUCGGAGAAGUACCUCGUUCACCAGCAGCCUGAACUGCAAACCCCACAAACGCACAAACCUUACGGUCACAUGAUGCCCUCUGAGCCAGCCCAGCCCUACCUGGACAUACCACUGCACCCUGGGACCACAUGCCCACCCUCGCCACACUAUGCCCAGUACUCAACAGACUCCCAGCUGUGCAUGGGCCAAGGACUCUACAGCCACCCACGUGAGGAAACAUUCAACAACAACAACGACAACAGUGGCCAGUUCUAUGGUGUGGGACCAGGCUACCAGUACGGGGUAAAAGCCACUUGUCACCAAAAUCAUGUGGACAACUUUGUAGACUCCUCUGCGGUGCCUUUUUCUUGGCAGUUUGGUUACUUGCAGGGUGCCAGCUACCAGCAGUCUCUUAGUAUGCACUGACACAUCUGGGACAGACUUUAAAAGAUGCAGACACUUGAGUAUGCUGGAGAGACACUUUCAAAGCUGUGCACCUAUCAAAGUAUGCAGGAUUAAAUAGACAAAAAAGAUUGUGUACCUUUCCUCAGGAAACAGAAUGAUUCCCUACCUUGAAUGCUGCAACUGACCUUGCAAAAUGACAGUGUGAUGGCAGGUUUUUAUAUGGUGUGGGUGUGAGGCACAUUGAAUGAGAUGGCUAUAUUUUCUCUACGGUAAAAAGCUCUUUCAAACACUAUGGUAUAAUAAAUCUCUUUGAAUGCACAUUUCGAAUAGGCAGGCUGUGACAGUGUGCGCUUUUCCCCAGUACAAUACAUACAAUUUAGACGGAGCUGCUCUAAAAAUGACCAUGUAAGAGGUGUCAGCUUGUAUGAGAGGCCACUCAGGGAGGAAAUGCCUCUCAAAUAGGUAUGCAUAGAUUUUAGAGAGAGAGAAAUGUUAAGAGUGGAUAAGCAAGUUUGAGUGGGAAAGUGUGAUUCAUAUAUGUGAGUGAAUGUAUAGUAUUUUUCUGUGUGUGUGUGUGUGUUUAUGAGAGAGAAGUAAAGGCAUCAAUGUUCCUCUUCUCUCCAGACCCCAGAGAAAGCAACUUGUUACUCUUUGUAUUUCAAACCAUGAUGUCAGU